GUACUUUGAUUGGUCGAGGUUCCGUUAGCGGAAUGAUACAGCGUCGCGUCGCUUGUGUGUGAGAUCAGAAGAUGAGGACGCUGAGGAGAGUUUCAGCUCGCGCAUCAUCCGUUAUUACACACGAACUGACUUUAUAAACGAGAAAACUUUUUUGGUAAUUCAGUUACUGAUUAAUAACCGCGAUCAAAGAUCAUUUGGAGUUGAUUUUCAACCGAUGGUUUGUGUUUAUCGGCUCACGGAUGGAUUGUGUCGCUGAGGAACCGUGAAGCAGGUGCAUCUCCAUCAUAACAUGAACUUCAGUCGCUGGAGCUGCUGGAGGGAUUCACGGGGAUUUAAGCUGCUGCCUGAUGGAUUCAUGAUCUCAUCAAACACCUGCUGGAAUAUCGCAUGGAUUCUGCUGGGAUCAGAUGGUUUUAAAGCAGUUCAUGAUCUCUGACCUGUAGAGCUCAAACGGCACCAUGCUGGCGUGUCUGCAGAGACAGAACCAACCGGCCCGACACCAACAGCUGACGUGUGCCGCACAGAUCCUGGACGCGCCACUCAAUCACAAGAGUGAGCCGAACUCCCAGCGUUACCCGUCCGCGGUGGAGCUGGAUGCCUAUGCCCAGAGGACGGCCGACAGCCCGCUGUCAAUCAAGAUCUUCCCCUCCAACGUCAGGGUCCCGCAGCACAAACAGAUCAGCAGGACCGUCAACGGCCUGGACACCCGGUUCGGCGCCUGCUCGCACCCGUACGCCAGCGGCUACCAGGGUUUGUUGGCGAUCGUCAAGACUCCCGCCCGCGUGUUGAAGAGCUCAGAUGGCAAACGGACCAAACUGUCCCCGAUCCAGAUGGCCGUGGCUCCUUACGCUCUGCCAAGCCACAGACACCGGCACAGGCCGUAUAGUUUGGGAUCUCAUGGCGUUCUCCAACAGAUGAGCCGGCCGUCCAAUGUCCAGUCCAGCCCUUCCUUCACAGCCGCGUCCUGCGCCGAAUCCAGUUUCGCGGUCGCUCAGAACGGCCUCGCCUACUCGGGAGCCGUUUUGCCCACUCAAAGCGCAGACGUGGCCGAUUCGGGUUCGGAUUACUGGCAGCACCGAGGUCUUCUGCACGUCUACGGCCGCUCGCCUGAGGCCUGCUUCAGGUCUCACCCGCUGGACAAGGUCACGUCGUCCCCGUUCUUCGCUCCGGCUUGGAACAGCGUUCUGGCCACACCGGACAGCGACUGCUACAACCCUCAAGAGCUGCCCACGGGACACCCGCACCUCCGGCCUCCGCCGUGUCCGCCCGGGAAGAGCCAGUGCCAGGCGUCGCUCCUCAGCAGCAGCCUGCAGUCUCUGGAGAGCCUCAUCAGCGAGAUCCAUCCGCCCUGCAUCAAGGAGUGCAUGCUGGGACGAGGUUACGACGCCGGCCCUCAGCUUCUCGACCAUCAGCUGCCCGUGUUGAGAUAGGACCGGCUGAGAUUUAAAGGGUGGCGUUAAUCCUUACUGUGUUGUUGGUGAACCUGUUUUAAGCUGGAUUUAGGGGCAUUGGAUCCUUUUCUGUGUUCAGAUGAGCUUUUCUAAGGCCUCUUUCACUCAUCCUGCAUCUGCAGCGGCUCACAAUAAUGUUACUACCGGAGUAUUUCCUAUCAUACACUACUGUUCAGAAGUCUGGAGAGUCUCUUCUGCUCAUCAAGUCUGCGUUUAUUUAAUCAAAAAUACAGUAAAAAUAGUGAAAUAUUUUUAUGAUUUAAAAUAUCUGUUUUCUAUGUGAAUAUAUAGUAAAGUGUAAUUUAUUCCUGUGAUCAAAGCUGAAUUUUCAGCAUCAUUACUCCAGUCUUCAGUGUCACAUGAUCCUUCAGAAAUCAUUCUAAUGUGAUGAUCAGUUAUUAUUGAUUCUGAAUUAUUAUUAAUGGUUCUUAUUAUCAAUGUUAAAAAUGGGGUUAUCAUCGUUAAUACUAAAACUAUUAAAACAUUUCUGUUCAUUGAAGGAUUCAGGAGUCUAAGGAGAUGACUCCUGUGAAAAUAAGUCAAUUACAUCAAAAGUUAUGAGCAUACGAAUAUUUGAUUUCACCACUAGGUGGCGCUGUCUCAAAACUUCUCAGGCUCCUUCAGGGCAUGAUAUUGAUGAUCCAUACCGAGUUUCGUAAUGAUACGCUAAUGCGUUCAAAAAUACAGCAUUUUGCUACAAAAUGCAAAAUGGCCGACAAAUGGACGAUGUGGUAAAACUGGAUAUCAUUCGACAGAAUCUAACAAGACCAGUUUUAUCAUUUUUGCCCAAACUGUUCGGAAGUUAUAAGCAAAAAUAGCCAAUUUUGCUAUCUCCAGACCAGUAGGUGGCGCUGUGCCGAAACGCAGCAUGUUGCCUCAGGUCAUUCUUAUGACGACAUGUACCAAAUUUGGUCAGAAUACGCUAAAGGGUUGCGGAGAAAUAGCCUUGCGUCCAUUUUGGCAUGUUCUUUUUCGAAUUUGUUUGCGUGUUAUUGGAGAACGGUUGGGUUUAUUAAAAAGCUGUUGAUAACUUUUUGCCAGCAUAGUCUGAUGAUGAUCUGAUUUGAUUUCCAUAAAAAUUAAAGCAACCAUUUAGGAAGAGUUCAGAAAAAGUAGAUUAUUUGCCGGGGAAAUUUUGUUUCUACACCAGACGCAACCGUCGUUGCAUCGUAUCGCGCCGCAACAGCUAAAAGCUUCAAACGCUGAACGCGACAAACCGACCGUUCAGAAAUAGAACGGAAUCUGUUGUGUCCAGUGUAGACAGUAUCACUGAUUAUAAUGGGUUCUGUUGACACAGUGUUACGGUUCAAAAGUUAUUAGCGUAAACAUGAGUGAAAGUUUGGACAAGUGGUGGCGCUAGAGAGUUCGAUCUAGAGACACCAAAUUUGCUGUAGUUAAUGUUGGGACAGUCCUCUAUCAGUGUGCCAAAUUUCAUGACUUUCCCACAAGCGGUUCUGUGGGCUGCCAGAGACUCCCCGAGCAGAAGAAGAAGAACGCAAAUGGAUGCAAUAGGUGCCAUUUUACUUUCGGUGCUUGACCCCUAAUUAAACUAAAAUAGCAAUAAAAAAAAUAAUAAAAAAAAUGACAAAAGCACAUAAAGAAAUGACUAAAAAAUUAACAUGAAAACUAAAAAUAAAAAAACUAAAAUAAUAGUAUUUGCUGCUUAAUAUUUUUGUACAUUUAUUUUCAGGAUUCUCUUCAAAAGAACAGCGUUUGUUUGAAAUAGAAUCUUUUGUAACUUUAUAUUGCUACUUUUGAUCAAUUUAACGUGUCCUUGAUGAAUAAAAGUAUCAAUUUCUUUUGGGCGAAAAAAAGUAACUGAUGGUGUACGAUUAAAAAAUGAUCACACAUUUUAGUAUUAUUUAAAACUCUUUAGAUGAUGAUAAAUGAUAAUUAACUUCCACAGACUCCAAAAUGAAGCUCUAAAGGGCUUCAGUCAGAUUUAAUAGACCUUGUUUAACCUGCUUCAAACCCCACAGACGUUUGUUGCUGUUUCUUAAAGGCUGUAUUAGAGUUCAGUAUUUUGUUAAUAUUUUGACUCUUUCCUGCUGAAUUCAGUGCGUUGAAACGGCCUCAGUUCUCAAACUCUGAUCCUGUAACCGGUUCCGCAGCAGAAACGUGUGUGACGUGUGAAUCAGGCCUGAUCUCUCUUCUGAACCGCAGACGAUCGCAGACGAUCGCAGACGCACAGGCUGCACGAACUGCGUCCUUCACGAAGCUUCUCGAUGUGACUCGAACGAAUCAGACUAGCUGCCAAAAACAGGAGCGGAGCGAUCCGCGUCUGCCGUCGGGUCCGUUUACUUCAGUCGUCGCAGCAGAAUCAGUGACUCUUGCUGGACUCAUAAUAAUGACUCUGAAUCAUAAUGAUUUCUCUUACACUGAUGUGAAUCUCUGUAAGAACGGUUCAUUUAAAAGGAAAUAACUGCGUAUUUUUACUCUAAUGUUUGUUGCUGCCGAUAGAAUGACGUUCAUAUUUAAGAUUCUUUUUUAACCGUUCGGUUUCACUCGAUCAGAAUGUGAUCCUGCUCUUCUGCUGAUGAUGUCAUCUGCUGGACCGCGACGAAGCUGUGAUGAUGGUUUGGGGUCACGACCUCUCCAUCAGUACUGUAGUAAGGAAGCUCUCAGUAUGUUAUAUAUUUGAUUCCUUCUGCUUUAUUUAUUGAUAUUUGGAUUCAGGUGUUCAUGAAUAGGUUUUGUCACGUUCACGUCUUUUAUUUUGGGAAGUGUAACUCUUGUGUGUGUGUGUGUGUGUGUGUGUGUAAGAGCUCGACGUUUAAAAGUGCAAUUAUAAUGUCGCAGACGAGCCUCUAAUGAAGCUUCAGUGAUUAUUUGCUGUCUGGAAUUACUUCACCAAUAAGAUUGUCUAAUAAAUAUAAUUUAGGAAUGUUUUGUA